AUGGGUGCGAAGCUGCAGUUCCUGGCGGCGGCGGGCGUGGCUUGGUGGUGGUGGGCGGCGGUAGCGCCAGCAAGCGUCUCCUCGAUCAACGUCUACCGGUCUCUGGAUUACUCUUAUAUGUGCUACUCCUUAUAUCCCGACAACGUCACUGUAGCCACCAUCUCCAGGAUUAGCUGCGCCGCCACCUGCUCUUCACAGCGCUGCGGCCUCUUCGGCUUCGAGGGUGGUGUGUGCACUUUGGGCAGUGUGGGCAUGGUACCUGCCGAUCCCCAGGACACAUACCUGUACGUUUUGGCUGACCCGUCUGCUGCCCGAGUCAGCACGCCCCUGCCUGUCAUUGGAAAGCCGGCCUUUGGCUCGAGUUUCUGGACAAGCCCCAGAGACCUAAUUCCCGAUUUGGCAGUGGACGGGUCGGAGGUCAACCCUUCCUAUUACCACUCGCACCCUACCGUAAGUAACCCCUGGUGGGUACUGGACCUCCAAGCCUGCCACCUGGUGAAUGAAGUGCAAGUUCAGCCGAAGGGGGGUGGCGGACACACCUAUCACUUCAAGUCUGUUGAGAUCCGCGUGGGCAUGGAAUUUGACAGCAGUCUGUACACUGACACUAGCAGUGACUUCAGCUCAUGGGCCUUACUGGGAACAUACGCUGGGCCUCCUUCCACACAGGAUCCAGUAAUUUUUUCAAGUAGCACAGGCUUGUUAGGCAGGUACAUAAGCAUCCAGCGACUUGAGACGUCCACUCCGUACCUCGUUCUCACUGAGGUCUGGGUUGGUACGCCUGAUGCAUCCCGCACGCCGCAGUUGGUACGCCUAAUGCUAGCUUGA